UGGGGACACACAUACAUCGUAUAUUCUGCAUAAUAUAAUCUGUGAGCUAAGUGCUCUGAAGAAAAAACAACUGGUGCCGGUUUGGGUCAGGUGGCACAUGUCUGUAACGCCUGCGGCUCCGGAGGCUGAGGCAGGAGGAUAGAGCGUUAAAGCCAGCCUCAGUAAAAGGGAGGAACUAAACAACUCAGUGAGACCUUGUCUCUAAAUAAAAUACAAAAAAUAGGGCUGGGGAUGCGUCUCAGUAGUUGAAUGCCCCUGAGUUUAAUCCCUGAUCCCCUCUCCCCACCCCACCACCUCUCCAAAAAAAAAAAAAAAAAAAGAAAAGAAAAGAAAAAAUACAACUGGGUGAUGGGAAAAGGAAUGUGAGCAGAAGGCCUCACUAAAGGGGUGACAUUUGAGAUGAAAGUCAGGAAGAAAACAGCAACAGGAAUAUUUUGGGGCAGAGCAUUACAGGAGGAAACAGCCAGUGCAAAGUCCUGAGGGAGAACAAGAUUACCAAAUUUGAGGAGCAGCAUGGAGGCCAGUUUGAUACCAUGUAAUGAUGAAUUGGGGAUGUUUUGGGUGGUAGAACCCAUAGUCUUCCCUCAGUUGGAUAGGAGGGGCCCAGGGAUCCUCUCAUAGAGGGAGGGCUGGAAGUCACCCUUCCACUUCAAGGGUAAGCAGCACUAUGGAUCUUCACAUGAUCCAUGUGGGCCCUGUUGAGAGGACAGGGAGAACCAAAACUGUGCUCCAGAGUAAGUGCUUCAGAUACAUGAUUGUAUGUAUGUUCUUGAUGACUGCCAGAGAGGAAUCAUUGUUCUUCUCUGGCAGUCAUCAAGAAAACAGAGGACAGAGAAAGUUGAUCCUUUACAUAAGGUUGUAAGAGUAGUAGUGGAAGUUCUCAUCUCCAAUCCAGUUCUGUCCACUGGCUACCAUAGGUGUUAUGUGUGCACCUUUAUGGCACUGGGUUUCAGUUGUCCAACAUCCACAAUCUCUAGUGCUAGCAUGUCACACAGUGGUGGGUGUUUGUCUCACGUUUGCAGGAAGGUGAUGGCCAGGCUGUGGGUAAAGAUCUACAGAGGUGAGGCCUGAAUAGAGUUGCACAGUGUCUCCUUUUAUGUCAUGGCUGCCAUGUGGGGCAUUGCUACAGACUGAGCCUGUGAUGGCUAUUCUGGAUGAAGGCCCCAAGGUCUGUGUACAUAUAGAAGUGAUACAGUUCCCUGAGAAGGCUGCUGGACCUAUGUACUAGUGGAAGCACACUCUUGGCUGAGCUCUAUCAUCAGGUAGAUAGUCUAGGCUGACCCAUGUGGGUCACUCCACCCUUUCUGAUGGCUAAGAGCUGCCCCCUCUAAAUAUAGCCCAGCUGGCUGAGCUCAGGCCUAUUUUAAGCCUAGAUUGGAAAGUGGCCAGGCCUUCCCCAGGCUCCCAGAGAAGCCGCUGCUGCUGCUUUGUCCAGCCCUGCUACUGGGCACCCUCAUUGGCCCCCUGACUACCACUUGCCAUGCCUGAGGGGACUCAAGAAGACACUGUGGCAUCAAUGCACAGCCAGAGGAGCAGGGGGCCACUGGACCCCAACCAUGUGCAGGAGGUGCAUCUGCACAGAGUGGAGUCCAUCAGUGACCUGCACAGUGGAGGAUCCAUUCGUCCCUAUUUGGCUGAAGAGGCACGGCAGUGGGAUGAGCUGCUAGGUGUCUUGCCGCCAUCACUGUGUACCCAGGCUGGCUGCAGCCCAGUGUGUGGCCGUGGGGGAUUCCUAUUACUGCUGGCACUGCUGGUGCUCACCUGCCUGGCACUUGCAAUCUUGGCUGUCUACCUGAGUGUGUUGCAGAGUGAAUCCCUGCGGGUCCUAGCACACACACUUCGAACACAGGAGGAGACUCUGCUCAAACUCCGCUUAGCCAGUCUCAGCCAGCUGAGGAGGCUGAACUCCAGUGAAGCCCGAACACCCAGCUGAGAUAACCACUUGAACUCAUGGUCUGGGGUUCUAUGUGGGGGAAUAAAGCAGCCAUGGGCAGGCCUCUCCUCUCCUAGUGCUGGUCUACACUACUUCCUUGGUGAAAUUUUUGUAUAAGAGCCUGAUGUGACUCUACAGCUGCCUGCCUCCCUCUCCUGACCUCUUCAGGCUAGGCCUAGAUAAAGCUAAGCCUUUUGAUGCCAAGGACCUGCUUUGGGUGGCUCAAGGUCAGGACAGAGCACCAGCCUCCUGGCUUCUCCUGUGGCCUGUCAGCACCCUCUGGCUACCCCUAGAUAGAAGGUUCAGAAGUCUAGAAAUAGCUGCCCCCAUUGUAGUGUUGCCAGGCCUCCCAGUGGGGGUCCGGCCUCAGUUCUCAAGGACAGGCUGGGUUCUGAGUUGAGGUAAGGGAGCCCCACUUGAGGAGAGACUGCCAUGGAGGGCAAAAGUGAGAUGGGGGAGACCCAGCUGGCCCAAAUUUGGGAUGGUGGAUGGGGAGGGAGAGGGGGGCCGAAAUACCUAAGAGUCAAGGCCACAAGAAGCUGAGAAUUCUGUUUAAUUAUCUCUUAUAUAAUCUUUAAAAAUCUGCACAAAUCCAUUCCAGGUUGCUUUGCUUCCACACCUACUAUGAUGGCAUUUGUCCAGAUGCCAGUCCCCCAAAGAGAGUGUGUUACCCCAGGGGAACAAGGCCUAAAAAAAGGAAAGAGAGGGACAGCUUCCCUACUGACUACCCUGGGAGAGGCACACAUUUGGCCUCACCUGAGAAAGGGCAGGAAGAGGCCAUAGGGUUGAGUGCAGGGACAAAGGCCAGGGUCCCAAAAGUCCUGACCCUUCACCCAUCCACCCUAUAUCUGUUUUUGGUUUUGCCAUUAAAAAAAUAAAGUGACAAUCACUGGCAGAGACCAGUUCUUGCACUCUCUUCUGUUAAAAAUGUGGGCAACAAUGAGGGUAGUCUUCUCUUCAGCUGGUCCGCCUCACAGGAUGUCUGCCCGCUUGUCCCUUACACGGCUGCGAGCCUUGGUCCGGGCUUUGAAGGCGGCAGCAUUGUACAGGUGCUGGGGUAGGGGCAAAGAGAGUGACAUGGUGAGCCAGGAAGGGAAAAGCCCAGGCUCCUCUGGCAGCCCUUGCUGAGCUCCAGGCCCCCAGGAAACGGGAAGAGAGGGAAAGUACAGGUGCCUAGGGCACAAACCUUCUCAAAGCGUGAAAUUUUGCAGGCCUUCAGGGCAGUGGCAUCCAGCACCAGCACCGGGCCCAGGCCAAAGAUGUCACGAAGAAGCUCAUUGUUCUGAGGACAAAGAAGGCAAUAAACUCAGGACAGUCCCAAGUAGCCAAGCUGGGCAGCCCUCCCUGAGUGGCCUCCCACCUGAAGGUGGUGGUGCAUGCCGGAACCCAGCACAUCCUUGAAGGCAGCAUAGAUCCGGUGCCGGGCCCAGCUGUCCACAUAGAGCACUUCAAGUCCAAAGCGGAUCGUCUCUUCCUCACAUUCACUGCCCU